AUGUCUACUUCAUUCUAUCAUACCGAGCUUAGCAGGGCCCUUUCUGAACAAGCCUUCGGGCUGGCUCGGUUUGAAGUAUGCAGAGGCUCCUCGCCUCACGAGGCCACUGCUUCUGUCACUCUGCUAGAGGGCAGAAUUAUACGCAUAACAUUAACUGCUCGCGGGUACCAGCUUGAUGGUGAUCAGAUCUUCGAAUCUAUUGAAGGUCUCUUGCAGGCCGUCAGUGCAGCAUACGAAGGGAGGAGGAGAGACGCUUUAUUUUCGCGGUUGCGAAGCCUAUCAUGA